UUUAGGGUCCCGAAAAUUUCAUAAAAGAAGAAAGGUCUUUGCGGAUCGUACCAUAGAAAGCGACUUGAAUCACCUAGUAGUUUGUCGAGAUUGGGUUGGUGUUCAGUGUGGGCUGUCUCCUCUAUCAAAAUAGUAAGAGAAAGAGAAGGAAACGGGGAAGAAGCGGGGUAGAGGAAUUGGUCAACUCAUCAGGCUCAUGACCUGAAAACUGCAGGUUCGAAUCCUGCCCCCGCCUAAUCAUCUGAGGCCGUAGUCAGCCUCAAUCCUUCUGAUUCGUAAGUAACUCAGUGAGUGCUUUCUAAGAAGAAAGAAAAUGAAAGAAGAACAACCGCGCAGGUCGUACUAUCGACACAUAAAACGUGUUUCAUGUUUUCACGGUUCAGAAUUUCCCUUUUCAGUAGUUUCGUAGUAAGAAGUUUUGGGUUAAUUUUGUUUUAUUGGAUUUCUCUCGAUUUCAUACUCUUGUUAUUUCACAUAGGACCAUUGGACUUAUUAGUCGCUACUAUAGGCUCGCAACCUCUCGACUUUGGUUGGACAUGCCAUUUUGACAAUGGUGCUGGCAGUUCCAAUCUUCCCGCCUUGAUUCCCCCGGAAUCGGCGGCAAGUUCCGAAGUGGGUGUGGGUUCACACGAAGGUUCUAGCUCGGGGUGGACCUCUUUCGACCUCGACGUUUUAGCGGAAGAGGAAGAUGAGGUUGCCCGCCCCCUUCCAAAUCCGAUCGACCCGGGGACGGAGGACCGCAUUUAUAGAGCAGUUGAUGCAAUCAAUACAAACUGCAAAAAUGAGGAGGCUAGGAUGGUGGAAAGAGCACGUGAAAUCUUUCUCGGGAAAGGCGUUUUUCUCGAUAAAAAUGACGAUCAAGAUAUCGCGCGUGCCAUCAACAUGGCUCUCUACGAUGCCUGGGAAACAGACAUCGAUAGGCGGCUAGAGCAGUUCCGAAGGAUACGACGCUUCUUAGGGACAGGUAACUGUCCCGUUUGGGAUGAUUUUAUUGAUUAUCUGGUUUCUUUAGGGAAUCAGAAAUUUAACGACCCGAUGUAUAAAAAAUAGGAAUGUUUCUAUCUUUUCUUAACCAAUAUCUAUUUAGGAUAAGUAGAAUAUUUUUUCUAUUCGAGAUGGUCCGCCUCAGGA